CUGACUGAGGUUAUCAUAAUUCACGCAUGAAUUCGUCCCAUCCUUCUAUCGUCCCACCUCUACAAAUUUCCCGUGAGCAGAUUUCAGUGUGGCAGCAAGUGACAAGCCUAGGAGGUAACAUCGCAUCUCUUUUCUUGUCGUCAUUUAAAGACCUGGAGUAGGCAACAGACACAGUGCGAGAAGAGACGAACAAUGUUAACACUGAACGACUUUCAUUUGACGGCUUGGUAGGAAGUUUUUGUUGUUGUUGCUGUAAUUAUUUGGGCUGAUUUUCCUGUCUGUCACUCAAAUAUCAUGAAAGGUGUUGACGAGCCGCCCGAGGACAGAGAGAAACCCGCCGGUUUUCAUCACGUCUCUAACAAAAGCUGGCCGGGGUUGUGAGUUGCUCAGGUGUACAGACUGGUGACAAAUUAAAGCAAAUACACCUAAAUAACCAGGUCUACCUGAUGUCUACCAAUAACUGCCUCCCUUUUCACUUUGUUGGUAUUUGUAAGAAUGCCUUCUACUUUAAAGGGACUGGAGAAGAUGAAGAUCUGGAUGAAGACCGUUUACAAAAAGACGCACCAUGCAAGUUCUACUGGAUCCAAAGCCAUGGCAGCAAAUUCCUGAUUUAUGAUGAGGACAAAAUUGAAGCACAACCCUUAAGUAUAUACGAGCAACGUCAGUCUGAGUGCAAGUUCUGCAUCCAGAUUUAUAACUCUGUCCCUAAAACAGUGGGCGAGAACACUACAGUUGUGCUAUACACCAAGACAGAUGGCAAGAUAAUGGUGGCAUACUGCAGUGAGAAUGAGAUCAAGCCUGUGGAAAUGAAUCUUCCAGAUGAAAUUAAGGAAGAUCAACACAAGGUGGUGUUCUUAUUGAAGAAAAUCCCCUCAGACUCUAACACAUUCAUGUUUGAGUCCUAUGAAAACAAGGGAAAAUUCCUGGCAUUUGAGCCUGAGUAUGAUUCCAGUUGUGAGAAACUGGUCCUGCGUAGUAAAGUUGAUGAAGUGGAUGUAGGUUGCGAGUGGCAGCUUUCUGUUGCGGGCAGUGACUAAUGUCAUUGACUGAUUGAAAACAUCUGUUUUUACAUCACCCUGUUUGUUUCAUUAAGGAUAAAUUGUUUUUCCUGUUUCAUAAUUCAGCAUCAACCUGCUGCCGUUACUACUACUAUACAAAACACAACUAGGACGACACAGAAAAGAUCUUGUGUGUAGUCAGCAGAGUUCAGCAGUUUAGUAUUUGAGAGAAACUGGAGAUUUGAGUCAAAGAGAUUAUUUUCCUUCAUUUAGUAAUUUCAAAUAUAAAACAUGAACUACAACUUGCUUCAACAAGAACACAUACAUUGCUUUAAUUGAUCAAACCAGUGAAAUCCUGAUUAAAUAAACUAAAUUAGGUAACCUUUUGUGCUGACCAGUCACACUAUUUCACCGUCUGGCAGUUUAUCUUUUGUGAAACAAGGGGUGUUUCAAACUUUACUGUUAUUCUUUUUAGAUGUGAUUGCAACUUUAAAAUGCUUGAGUAUGUUUUUACAGUUUUAUCAUGUUUAAAUUUGCAACAGUGCAUAUUUAAACAUGAAAGAUUUCUAGUGUGACUUUUUGAAGCAUUCCCACUGCUGCAUGGGCCAUAAUUCACUCAUGUAGACAUGUACAGAAUUGUUUUUUUAAAAACUACACCUGUUA